UCGCGUUCUUGCGCCUGGAGCUGUAUGCGUGUGCAAUUUUUCAACAAACUGAAGGCAAACUGUGUGCCGUGCCGAUCAUCAUCGUUUGUCGUCAGAAUAUUUUGUCCCGGCCGAAAGAGCAUCAAGAUUCAAGAAAGUUGUGCGAAUUGGGUGCCAGUGUCAGUCAGUAGUGUGAAUGGUUGAAUUCGUUGAAUUCAACGCAGGCUUUUCUUUGCGGACUUGCGGACAACUGCGGUUCUGUGUUGGUUUCUAGCUAGUGUGGUGAAAAAAAUAUUCGGUUUGAUUCCUUGGAUGUUUGUGGAACAGAAGUAGUGUGAAGUGGUUACGGCGCGGCAGCGGCGGCGAAAAAAAGAGAACUAACUAGGCACAGUCGCGGUCAGACAGCGGCUAUCCUCGGUGCCAGAAAAGGCCGAUUCGAGCAAGCAGUGAGAAAUAUUCACAAAAAUCCAAAAUGGACGAACUCUUUGUGGAAGUAUGCGGCGAAAACGGAGCCAAUUAUAAGGGAGUUGUCACAGACGUUUUCGACGAUGGAGUCAUGGUGGCAUUUGAAAAUGACUGGCAGGAAGAGUCCAAAUUUCUGUUCAGCCAGGUGCGACUGCCACCGACCGAAUCCGUCAGCAACUUCGGCGAACACAUGGAGGUCGAGGUGUACAGCAGGUCCAACGAGAACGAAGCCUGCGGCUGGUGGCGGGCGGUGAUCAAGAUGAUGAAAGGCGACUUCUUCGUGGUGGAAUACCUCGGCUGGGACAACAGCUACACCGAGAUUGUCUCCGUCGAUCGACUCCGGGCCAAGAACACCAACCCGCCGAUUACCGACAAAACCUUCUUCCGGUUUGAAAUCAAAGUACCCGAGGACAUCCGCGAGUAUGCCCUGUUAAACAGCGCAAAGGUCGACGGGGUUCAUCGGGAGUUUCAGAAGGCAAUUGGCGCCGCAGAGUGUCGAUACCUGCCGGAUCGGGAAGCCCUUCUAGUGAUAUCACGUAGCGAAACGACCCAGCGGCGAGCGAACAUGAUCCAGGAGAUGUGUUUCCGAAAUCUGAGCCAGAAAGUCAUGCUCCUGAAACGAACUGAAGAAGCUGCCAGACAACUAGAAUCGACCAAAUUACACAGCUCAGGAGGAAGUUUUACUAACAAUCAGAGAAUUUCCGCUUUUAUUGGACAAUCAAUCAACGAAAGAUUCACGGACGAAUUCAAAGUUCGGGAGGAUCUCAUGGGCUUGGCGAUCGGAGCACACGGAGCCAACAUCCAGACGGCCCGGAAGCUGGACGGUGUGCUGAACAUCGAGCUCGAAGAAAACACCUGCACCUUCAAAAUCUCCGGAGAGACUGAGGAAUCGGUCAAGAAGGCCCGUUCGAUGCUCGAGUACAGCGAGGAGUCGCUGCAGGUCCCCCGGAACCUGGUGGGCAAGGUCAUCGGCAAGAACGGACGCAUCAUCCAGGAGAUCGUGGACAAGAGCGGCGUUGUGCGUGUGAAGGUAAUCGAAGGUGACAAUGAACCGGAACCCAGCAUCCCCCGGGAGGAGGGCCAGGUCCCUUUCGUGUUUGUCGGCACGGUCGAGAGCAUAGCCAAUGCCAAGGUACUGCUCGAGUAUCAUUUAGUGCAUUUGAAGGAAUUGGAACAACUGCGACAGGAAAAGUUGGAAAUUGACCAGCAGCUGAGGGCUAUUCAGGGAUCCUCGAUGGGAUCGAUGCAAAGUUUCACCUCCAAUCGGAAUCGCUCGGAUCGAGCGUAUAGCAGCGACAUCGACGGUGGUAAUCGAUCUGGUCGGGGAGGUAUGCGCGGCCGAGGAGGACGUGGUGGCCGAGGAAGCAGUUCCCGAUAUUCCAGUCGAAGAGCAGACACCGGUGACGAUGAAUACACACCACGAGGAGGAGGUGGUGGUGGUGGAGGAGGUGGCGGCGAUCGAAGUGAUCGAGGCGGGGACCGAGGUGAUCGAGACCAGCGGAACAACUACUCGUCGGAGGGUCGAGGAGGCAAUCGGCGGGGCUACAGCGAGAAACGAGGCACCAGCAGCAGCGGAGCAGGAGGCGGCGGCGGUAAACAGCGAUCCGAUAGGAUUAACAAAAAUCUACAGCCACAACCGGGAACGUCUGCUGGAUCCGGCUCCGGUGGAAGCCAGCAGCAGCCACCGUCUCUGAAUAUUUUCGAAGAUUCAUGGGCCGUGCAGGAGGACACCCCACGGGAGAGCAAUCGCCAGAUGAACAGCGUUGAUCGGGCAGACAGCCACUCGUCGAAUGAAGGAAUUCACAAUAGAAGCCGCCGAAGAUCCAAGAACCCAGGUCACUCAAACAAAUCAAACGGAAACGUCCAAUCGAUGAGCAAAUCGGGUAGCAACAACAGCACACACAACCAGCAGCAGCAAUCGAGUGGCUCGGGUGCAGCGGAUGGGCAUGACAGCAACACUCAAAUCCACAGCAACAGCAAGCAGCAUCAGCAGAACCACCAGCAGCAGCACCACAGUGGCGGCGCUAACGCUAAUGCGGUGAACAACAAUAGCAACAACAACAGCAGCUCCAGUAACACUGCAAACAACAAUAGCCACAGCGCGCAACAGAUGCAAGGAGGCCCGCCCCCCAAGGGCCAGCGGGAACCGAACUCGGGCGGCCGGAACAGGGGAGGUCGUGGUGGAGGUGGAGGCGGAGGUGGAGGUAAGCAUAAACAAAAUCAGAAUCAGGCAGCUGCAGGCGGCGCCAUCAAUUCUAACAGCGGCGGCAACAAAACUGCCGAACUUCACCACGGAGGUGGUGGCGGAGCUCCACCGGUUUCCUCGGCUGUUGUUGCGCCAAAGGAGGGCCUGGUCAAUGGGUCCUCUUAGAAGUUGCUGUUGGCAGACGCUGCUCAUAGUGCUGCUGCUCCCGAACAUAAUGGCUCUGACACCACUACGAUGAUUGGUGGUGGCCAACCGCUUUUACUGCUGGUGGGAGCAUAAAACUAAAAAGAUGAUGAAUACUACUAUCACUACUACUACUUGUAACAGCAAUUAUUAAAAGAAAUGCUACUACUACUACUAUUACUAAAACAUACAUACCAUCAAGACGCCAUUCACCGCCCAGUUAAGCGGUUUUUCAACUUCAAACAUGUGUAAUAAAAAAACGACGGCAGAUUUUUAUUCGCUUUCUUUUCCAAAACAUCCCAAAACUGCUCUACUUUAAAUAAAAAAAUUAGUGGAAUGCGAAAAAUGUACGCUUUUCGAAAUAAUUAACUAAACUUUUGGGUGUUCAACUGGCCCUAUUACCGCCCACUCGACUUUUUCGGGUAUCGAUAAUGUUUUCUUAAGGAAAAACUACCUGAACAACACGGAAACUGUUCUUUUUAGUAUUUUCCAUACAACGAGCUGUCAAAACCAUAUUUUGGCUCUUUAGAGAAUACAUUUUGUGAAAUUUUUUCCGCAAAUUUAGUACAAAUUUUAACAAAGUGCGUUGACUGACAAAAUGAUGAUUCCCGGCAAACAACCUCAAGUAACCGGUUAUUUUCAGCGAUAAAACAUCAUUUUCUAACAUAAUCAAACUAAAUGCUUCUUACAAUUUACACAUUUGACACAAUACAUGCGUUAAAAACAAAGAAAUUGUGCGUGACCGGUCAUUAGGAACCCACACUUUUUUUUAUACACCAAUUACCGCCCAUCACUAAACGCUUCAAAAAACAACAACUAUUGAAAAAAUCGAAAAUUUUUUGAUGCAAAUCUAUUCUACGAAAAUAAAACUAUCGUUUCAAGUCGAUUUUAGGUCCAAUAGGUACUAUCUAGUAAACAAAAACCCUCUUUGCCCUAGGAGUACAGUAAUGCUUAGUUCGCUAACAGGCGUCGAAUUCAAUAAUUUGACCGGAAACGAAAAACCAAAUAUUUUAUUUCUGGCUAUAGUUAGCAUAAUUGAGUGAUGUUUUUUCAGUGAAAUGGUCAAACAAUGAUGCCGACACAGAACACAGGUCUUAUAUUUGGAGAAAACAUCCCAGUUUUUUCAAAAUACACACAAAAGGGUGAUUUUGGGCGGUAAAUGGUGUCUGGGCGGUGAAUGGCGUCUUGAUGGUACAACACUUAUAAUAAAUGAAGUGAAUAAUGAAAAAGGCAACAAAAAACAUACACAACAAACAGAAUAUUAGCAGAGAGAAGAAGCGGCUCGACAAAACUACCGAUUACUACAUGAAGUAUAUUUGCGUGUAUUCUCAAAUUAAACGGAAGAAAUCAAACGCUAGAGGAGGCAGUUAGAUUAUUAGCGAAAAAAGGUACAUCACCACCGGAGACCUUUUACAUAAUACCUUCUACAUACCAGAGAACGGAAGCAGAUAGAUGAUACAAACAAAAUAUCACAAGCAAACAUUGAAGCCAAGAUGUUGGAACACUAGCUGUAUAGAGAACCAAGAAGAGAGCAACCCUUUGUGUAAAUGUGUAAAAAAAAAAAUAUGAAGCAUAUUAUUAAAAUACAAACAAAACAAAACAAACAGUAACGCAUUACCCGUGCAGACAGGUACGCACAUUGAUUAACAGAUCAGUCCUCUUCUAAAAGGUGUGCCUCCUUGUCGAGUCAUUUCAAAAUGCUAAAAAGAAGGGGAAACGAGUUUAUCGUUAACGUUCUCAAAUCGGUUUCAUGUUAUCCGUUUGCUUCGUAAAGCGUUGGGUAAAGUUACUGAAUCUGACCUUUAACAUGAGGCCUUUGAAGAUUUUCGAAAUUGUUGAGUUUAAACUAGCUGUCGCAAGCAGAAAUCAAAUGUUUCAUUUCCAUUCAAAUGUUUGUCUAAUCAAAAUUGAACUAAAACUCGAAAUAGAACAAUCAAAAAUGUAAAAUCAGUUGAAAAAUGUCAUGUUAUUGAUUAGCAUUUUUAAGACUCAAUUUUCUAACAAAAAACUUCGAUUUGACAACGUGAACGAAAAUGUCGUUUUUGCGAAGCUCCUUGGCACGCUUUCGGUGUCCAACGCGUCUUCAGUCAGCUAAAGCCGGCUGGUGUCACCAAUUUGAUAGCAGACGAAUAAAAAAAAAAGAGUCAAAACGAGACAACUCUAAUUGUGUCCCAGCAUCAACCUAAAAAGUAGUUUGUAUUGCAAGGUUGCGCAAACCUCUCCGGCCACCAAGAACAAAGCUACCCUUCUAACUUGAAUCCAGGAGGUGUAGGCGAAAUAAACUAAAAAUAACAAUCCAGUAUUUCUCUCGAAUGUUUUGCUUUCCUUUAUCCCGCAAUUCUUUCGCAAAAUCAAUAAAACCCACACCCCGUGCACAAUUGGCGUUAUUCCACACUUUUAGAUCUGUCCUGUGAAAUUCAAACGAUUAGAUAAAUCCUUUUUACGACAAAAAAAAUUUCCCACACGCAGCUAGAUGAAAAAAAAAGUAAAAUGAUCUAAAACCGUCGAUUCAAAAAAAAAAACAAAAACAAGAAAAAACAUGCAAUAAAAACACAUACACAUAUUACUUGUAAGUAGUAAGCGUUACAGAGUUAAAAUUGCGUAACAGAGAAAGUUGAACUGAUGAAAGUUGAAAAGCAAAAAAAAACGACAGCAAAUAAAACUGCAUUAUUUGUGAAUUGCGAAGACUAAAGAAAAAAAAAAUCCAUGCCAGCAUUCAGAAACAUGGAGUGACGCAGAAAACUGAGGUGUGUCGUUACACAAUAUGUAAUAUCGAAACCCAUGCAAGUCGAGUGACGUCAGAAACGUUUAGAUUAGUAAGUUCACUGCCGGUCGGAAACCGGAGCAUCCCCGAUGUCGGUCGUUCAUCAAAGACCGGAACGUACCAAGAAUGUCGAAUGCUUUCGGACCCGGCAAUUGAACUGGGGUACGUGAGCUGAAGUUUUCUAUCUUUGGAUCAAUCCUAUUUUUUGUACGAUAAUCAUUUUUUUUUGUAUUGUUUAUUAUCAGUUUUGAAAGUAGUGUCACAUGACAAACGAAAAAUUCGCAAUUACUGAUUAGGACAAAAGAAAACUAAAAACAACAACGUACCCAAACGGUGUCUUUCCAAAUGAUAAAUGAGAUCGCUGAUAGGUUCUCACCAACCACAGAAAGCAAAAAAGGAAGUAAAACUACAUGAUUUGUGAAACGCAAAGACUAAAAAAACACAAAUGCCCCACAAUUGAAAUGUGGGUUACGCGAAAAACAAACGAACCACUAAAAGAAAUGUGGGUGACGCGAAAAACAAACUAAAGUGUGUCGUUCUCCAGGUUGGGUGGUUUAAAAAAUGUUGAUAACUGUUGACUUAAACGGAAGAAAAUUGAAAGUCGCUCUUUUUCGCUCAAGCAGGAACCGAUUUAGCUCGUUAGGUUUUUGUUCAGGAUAACAGUGAAAAAAGAAAGUGACCGAACAGGCAAACCAACACCCCAACCCGAUGAGUAACGAGGCGCUGUUUUAGGCUUUUCAAUACUACUGAUAUUUUUUUAUUUAUUAUUAUAAUAUAGUUCAACUAUUUCUGUGAGAAUACUGUACUUUAGUUUCACAAAAAUUAACCACCGGUCUGUGUUUUGUUUUUUUUUCGUUAAGUUUCGAAGAACUGGAAAAGAAAGUCAUGGUUUUGUUUGGGUUGACUUGCUCUUUAAAGCUUUAUUCGUUUGUCUUCUGUUGUUUAGUUACCUUCCCGUAUUGGUUUUUGUGUUUUUCAUUGAGUUUUUCAAGACAAAUUUAACUCAUAAACUCCACUUAUUGUUGAGCAGAAUGGCGUUGUGGUAAAUAAAAAGAUUUAACGAUGGACAAGCCGAUAUCAUAUCUGGAAAUUGGACUCUUUAACGGAUACUCGACACUGCGAGGAUCUAUUUGGGACCUGGACGAAACCUCACUACAUUAUCUUUGGUUUAUGGAGGAUACGUGAUUGUCCGCAUGCAAUUUGUUAGCGGUGUACCCAUUUAACUAUCCGGAUCCGUUGCUGCAUCCCGAAGUUCAUCCGAAGUGACGUUCCUCACCUAAAGCGACUCCUGGAAUUGAGUGACUCGACUAUCGUAAUUUCACGCGCGGCGCAGAAUAAGGGUCGAUGUCUAUAUGCGAGUUCGAAACCAAGAGUAAACAUCGAACACAGUUGUACCGAUAAAGUUUUCCAAUAGCUGUCCGCACAACUGCAACGUGUGUAAUCCAGGAUUGCUCCGAACCCGAUGUCAGGAUUCCGACUUAAGUAAUUAAUAAAUUAACCGUGGAGGAAGGGUUGGGUUAAUGCUUAAUACGUCCAAGACAAAGUAUAUGCUUGUCCAGUAAUAACAAGGUCACGAUCGACGGCGACGAGCUGAAGAUAGUCGAAGAAUUCGUCUAUCUCGGCUCACUGGUAACCAGUGAUGGUAAAUUUCGCCCGUCACGCUUGACCCGACUAGUUUUGUUUCAUCAAACGACUGGCACUGUUCUCAAUUGACGGAGCCUCACUACUCGCAUGACGGAUAAAGCACGACAACGAUCAACAUUUCUACAUCAUCGACUGGCGAAGCUCCUACACAUGGUCAAAAUUUCUCCUGACAGUGACUGACAAAUCUCUUCACACUUCGAUCGGCUGCUGACGGCAGGUACAACUAAUUUAACGAGCUUGCUGGCAGGAGCAACAAUAAUAAUAAAUGCUUUUCUUGUUCCUCUUCGGUCGUCUUCGGCUUGCUGGCAGGAGCAACAAUAAUAAUAAAUGCGUUUCUUUUUCGUCAUCGGUCGGUUGAAUGCGAUUGCUUGACUAGGUUAAUAUUUUAGCUUCAAAUGACUGGGGAAUGAAUGACCGGCAAACGAAGUGACUGGUCGUUAAGGAACAGUCAAAUGAGUUUGACGGACCAAGAGGCUCAACAGUCACAGUCAUUUGACUAUUGACGUUGAUGUAUGCCAACCCUGCUGGUAACUGUUGGCAUUCGUUGUUGGCAUUCGUCCUAUCACGACGAAUGUAAACAACACACGCAGUUGCAAUUAGACGCUAAGAGUUUUACAUGUAUAUAAACAAGCGGGUAACGCAUAAUAAAGUCAUUCCAGUUUUGAUCGUCAAACAGUGCGUUUCUCUCCUUUCCACUCCGAAAGUGCUCCCUGUCUAACAGGUUAUGGGCCCAGCACUAUUGGAAAGGAGGAGAGAAGUGGAAUCGGCAGCGGCAGGAGGGCGACCCGGGACCGUUUGGUAGUGCGUCGAGCCUGGAAACUGAUUGCAAGCGCAGCGAGCCUGGGACCGUUCGGAGGCGUCGAGCCGGGAAUCCAUUAACCUCCGAAUGCCUGGAGGUGAUCGAGCUGGGAAUCCUUUCGGUGGCGUCGAGCCGGGAAACCAUUCGGUGGUAUCGAGCCGGGAAUCCAUGCGGUGGCAUCGAGCCGGGAAUCCAUGUGGUGGCAUCGAGCCGGGAAUUCAUGCGGAGGUGUCGAACCGGGAAUCCGUUCGGAGGUGUCGAGCCAGGGGUCCAAUUGGAAGGUGGUUUAGCCUGGUAUACAAUUGGAAGGCAGUCGAACCGGGAAUCCGUGCGGAGGUGUCGAACCUGGAAUCCGUUGGAGGUCGUCAAGCCGGGAAUCCGAAGAGGGUCGCGAGCCGCUGGGAAGGCGAAAAGCCUUGAGAAUGGGCUACGGACUGCAAGGAGCGUCAAGCCGACGGGAGGCUGUCGUCGAGCGAACCGAAGGCAGGUUGUCGUCGAGUGAGCCAGGAAAUGGUCGUCGAGCAAAACCGGUGGAAGGUCGUCGAGCGAAACCUAGUCGUGCUGAAGGCGAUAAGGUUCGGUGUGUGUCGAGGAGGAGUAGCCACUUCAGGAGGAGCCACCGGAUAGAUUGCAGUUGGAUAACUGCUAACAGCGUGUGUUGAGGAGGAGUGUUGAGAUUCGUCUCAUCGAUGUAUUCGAUGAGAUGAAUAACAACACACGCAUGUUGGUGUUAUCAUUAACAAACAAAUUAUUGUAACUAUGGUUCCCUAUGAAUCUCUAGGGAACAGACUAGUAUAAAUAGAACACAAAGUUUAAAAUAAAGUCAUUCCAGUUUCUACCACCAAGUAGUCAAGUCUCUCCUUUCCACUGCCCAAGUGCUGCAACAACAGGUUAUGGGCCCACGGCCCAGCACUAGUGGAAAGGAGGAGAAGAGUGGAAUCGAUGGUGUAUCCAGCCAGGAGGAAACCAAUGGGAGGGCAAGACAGCGCCGGGAGUCCAGAGGAACGUCGUCGAGCCAGAACCGUGUAAGGUUGUCGGACCAGGAGCCUGGUAGGUCGUCGGACCGGGAAGCCAGCUGGAGGUCGACAAGCCAAGAGACACGGGAGGGAGGUCGUCGGACAGGUGCUUUGGAAGGUCGUUUGGCAGGAGCCAUUGGAAGCGGACCGGAAUCACUUGUGAGUCGUCGUGCCGGAAGCCAUGGAAGGUUGGCGGGCCGGAACCGUGAAAGGUCGUCAAGUUGGAAGCCAGGUGGUGAUCGUCGGAUCUGGAACCUCUGGAGGACUUACGAGCCGAGAAACACGGGAGGUCGUCAAGCCGGUGCCAAGGAAGGGCGUCGGACCGGAACGCCAAGUGGAGGUCGUUGGGCUGGAGCUACUGGGAGGCGUCAGGUCUCAGGAGGAGCGUCGAGGCUGAGAGUUUCGAUUCGCUGUGAAUGGCCGUGCGAGCCUUGAGAAACGGCAACGGUGGCAAGAAGGGUAUCGGGCCAGACGGAAGUUUGUCUUCGAGCGAUCCGCAGGAAGGUUAUCAUCGAGUGGGCCGAAGGAUGGUCGUCGAGCGAAACCUGAAGAGGGUCGUUGGGCUGAAUGCGAUGGUCGUGGUCCGGCGCGGUGCAUUGCUGAGUUUUGAACAGCGUGUGUUGAGGAGGAGUGUUGGCAUUCGUCCUAUCACGACGAAUGUAAACAACACACGCAGUUGCAAUUAGACGCUAAGAGUUUCACAUGUAUAUAAACAAGCGGGUUACGCAUAAUAAAGUCAUUCCAGUUUUGAUCGUCAAACAGUAUGUUUCUCUCUUUUCCACUCCGAAAGUGCUCCCUGUCUAACAGUAAUCGCAGACAGUGACAUCAGCCAUGAGAUCCGGUGGCGAAUGAUCAGCGGAAGUUGUGCCAACAAUGGAAUUCACAAGCAACUGCGGUCGAGAAGGAUUAGCCCUCGUAUAAAACGAUCUGGCGCCCCUCAAGGCAGUAACUUGGGGCCUUUGUUGUUUGCUUUAUUUUUCAACGACUUGAUAACCAGUUUAGACAAUGGAACAAAAAUUGCAUAUGCUGAUGAAAUAUUCGUUUCGAUAGAAUGUGGAUUGUGAAUACCUCCAAUCGUUGUUAGACAACUUUGAUGAAUGGUGUUGACGUAACAAAUUAUCUGUUAGAGUCUCAAAGUGCUCUGUUAUAACCUUUCACCGGAAAAAAUCACUUGUUCUAUUUGACUACUACAUCGGCAAUGAGCACAUGAAAAGAGUCUCCGAAGUUAAUGAUCUUGAUGUUAUCUUUGAUGAUCAGCUUACCUUCAACAUGCUUAUGAGUCGAACGUGUGGAAAAAUGGUUCGUUAGAUUCGCCUUACGUCAUUUGCCUUGCAGCCAUCCCGAAGAUCUGCCCCCUUAUCUCAUCGGUGCCAGCUCUUGGGCCUAGAUACUCUUGAACGUCGUCGAAAAACUCAACAGGCCACGUUCGUCGCAAAAUUGUUGAACGGAGAAGUGCAAUCGCCAAACCGGCUUAGGAUGAUCAGCUUCAGAGCUCCGUCGAGGACGUCACGAUCUCAUCCGCUGUUGUCGAAUCGAACUCAUAGAACAUCUUACGGCUACGAUGAACCAGUCAGUGCUAUAAUGCGCUAAUUUCAGGAUGCUGAGCACUUACAUCUGUUCGGAGAACCAUCAAGCCGUUUUGUCCGUCGUUUACAGCAAUCAAAAUUGUUUUAUUCUUUGUGAUCGAGUAGUUACUCAUUUAAACACAUUUGUUCGAUGAAUUAAUAAUGAAAUAAAGAAAAAGGAAGAAUCAAUUGGGAUCCAUUGGAAGGUCGCCGGGAUAUUAGUAAGGUGUCGAGCCAAAAAGAAGAGCGUCGAGCUGGAGUGACUGGGAGGUUGUAAAAACGUAGCCACAGAAGGUAGUCGAAACAGAGCCACUGGAAGGCCGUUAACCUGGUGUCAGGAGGCGGUCGUCGGACGGGAGCCAUCGAAGACCGUUGGACCGAGAGUAACUGGAAGUUCGUCUCGGAUCGAUGCCAUGGUAGAUCGUCGAGCCAGAUCCCGGUGGAGAUCGUCGAAUGGUGCCAUGAAACGAGCCAAAUGGAAGGUCGUCGGAUCUCGAGGCUAAUUGGAGGUCAAAGAUCCAGGAAUCCUAUUAGGUCGUCGGGCCGGAAACAUUGGAAGAUCAUCGAGCCGGAAGAAAGAUGACAGCCUGUACUUGGAACGAAGCCUAAAAGUUCGCAUAUGAUUGCAAAUCACUACAAGGAAAAUAACAUAAUUCACCUCAAAAACAUCGUUCAUCUACGUUGUUUUACCAAUUCGUGCUAUAAAAGUGUCGCUAGUCCAAAGUGCUUAAGGAACCUAAUGUUGGAAUUCUAACAGGUGACUUCAUUCAAGUGUGUUCCUAGAUCUGAAACCUUUUAUCGGGUGUGCCGGAGAGUUCUUGCUCGACUGAGCGAACACUAUGCUAGCCCGUUGACGUUGCAAGAAUUCAAGAUACCACAUACGUAAACCCACUAACAUCUUUCAUUCUACCGAUGGAGUUCAAUCAUGUAGGGAAUGUUUAGUGGGUUCAACACCAUUUCUGAGAUAUUUAGACGAUGAAUCACAGAUCAUGUCUCAAGUCUUCCGUAGGGGCGCGCACUCGAUUCAAGAGGCGUACGAUAGAGGAGGCAUGUCAUGUAAAUGUGCAGAAAAAACUAUCAAAUACGAGAUUUUCGAGUGCCCACGUGUACGUUGAAAGCAUACUCGCUCUACGAAUGCAUCAAUUAAAAAAAAAUUGUGAUCUGGUAUUAGGGGAUUUUUUUUUAUUAUCUGACGGGUUUGCGCCGGGGGUCUUCAGAUUUUCCCCAAAAUUGAAAAUUUGGUUCAUUUUUGCGACUUAAAAACACAUGUAUUUUUUCAGAUUUCUAACAUUUUUAUUUUUUGAGUUAGCUUCGGUUAGAUUUUUUUGUCAAUUAAAAAUAACCAUUUUUCAAAGCUACAUAACUCUGUUAUUUUGCAACGGAAAUUAUAAAAUAGCACAUCAAAAUGCAUUGAAAUUUUAUCAGCUUUCCAAAUAAAAUAGUUGGAAAAAAAUAAAUAAAGACCUUCAACAUGAAAAGUUGUAAAUAAACUUUAAAUGGCUUCUAAAAGUACCGUCUGCACCACCGAAUAUUUUGCAAAAAAUACCAUUGAAUAGCUCAAUUUAUGAUGCAACUUUCAUCUGAAGACACCAAAGUGGGCCAUCAAUUCCCUGAAGAGUUAUGAAAGAAAUAAUGACGAUAAAUCUCUUUUUUUGCGACGAAAACAAACAAUGGUCGAGCAACUGCACUCACAUAUGGAGGUAGCGCGCACUUCUAACAACAUGGAAACAAAAGAACUUACCAAAGCAGGUAAAACACACUACUUUUUUGUGCUUUGUAGACUGCCCCUACUCGCAUAACAGUCCCAUAUGAAUUUUCAACAUUUUAGGUCAACAUAGGGAUUCAAAAUAAAACACUAAAAAAACAGGUUUUGUUCUACAAAUUUCGAAAAAAAAAAUCAAUUUGUGGCUGUCCUAUAUGAAAUAUACCCGAACAACAGUUCCAUAUGUGAAAUACCGCGGAUUUGGUUACUUUUCAAUGCUUCUUUCGGCGAAAUAGUCUUUGAUUUAUUGCUUUGAAUCAUUUAAAAAAAAUUAACUCACUUGAUGUCGAAUGAUGCACACGAGUUUUCGAAGGCAGGUCUGACUUCCUUAGGAAUGACUUCCUGAGCGAAAAACUAUCGGAUGCUAUCAAAAAUCGUAAAAAGAUUCAACUUACAAUGUGGAAUUUACGAUAUUUUGUAUGUUUCAUUUUCUGAAAAUUGCAUUUAGAAGUUCAAAAAUGAUCAAAUUAAAGUCUUAGAAAGUAGCUUGGUGAGAAAAAAAUAUUCUGUAUGGGACUGUUAUGCGAGUAGAUUUGAAAAAGGUUUCAAAUAUGGUCGAUUAACAGUCCCAUAAUGAAUAAAAAUGGUGCUUUCGACCUUACCAAUAACCCAAUUUCGAAAAUUUCUGGUCUUACGAUUUAUUAUGACAACCUAGAAACGAUUUUCGUUGAUGCCGAAAGUGGUGAUCACAAUUUAAGAAUGUAUUCCAAAACAGGAAAAGCUGAUUUUCUCGUUUGCUUGUUUUUGCAUAUGGGACUGUUAUGAAAGUAGGGGCGGUAGAGUGUUGCAGCUAAACUGACUUCAUGUUAUAUCCAAAAAUCUAAUAACGCAUUCAUUUAUACCCAGUUUUGCACCAGGUCACAACAAGUUUGCAAAUUUUGCUGACAUUUUUAGAAGUUUAUGCGCUCAGUUUUGCAUCCGUUAUUCUCCAGAUUUGAUUUAAAAUGGACGGUGGAACACUGAAGAUUCGUUUGUAAGCGAUCGAGGUAGCAAAACACUGACGACGAAUUAUGUUCGUUCUAGUAUGGUAAACCUCAAAACUGGGCGAAUGGAGAAAACGAAUUCGGUAAAAGUAUCAUAUUUUCAAUGUCAUAUUACCUACAAUGGGAAUGAUGCUUUUUAGAGCCUGGGCUGGCCAUACUGAGCUCUUCGAUUAUUUCUACAUUUGCGCCACGCUCUAUGUUUUUGAUCAAUGGGAAAGGAUUUUGGUGUACAGUGCUUAGCUCCCGAUAUAAAAACUACAUAUGUAAAGCACGUCUAUAUUUCAUUUUUUAAUCACAUUUUUGUGAUCCCAAACACAGGGACUGAACCUUCUACUAUUGGCAUUGAUUAUGCUUCACAAUGAUCUUUGAUCGAAAAGUUAAUAAGUUAUAUAGCAUAUAACCAGGUUGUAACAGCAACAUUUCUAUUAUUUGUUAUAUCACAUUAACAAUACGAUACUAAGAAUUUUGGUUAAAAUUUAAAGUCAGUUAUGCUACAAACACUCUACAAAGCACAAAAAAGUAGUGUGUUUUACCUGCUUUGGUAAGUUCUUUUGUUUCCAUGUUGUUAGAAGUGCGCGCUACCUCCAUAUGUGAGUGCAGUUGCUCGACCAUUGUUUGUUUUCGUCGCAAAAAAAGAGAUUUAUCGUCAUUAUUUCUUUCAUAACUCUUCAGGGAAUUGAUGGCCCACUUUGGUGUCUUCAGAUGAAAGUUGCAUCAUAAAUUGAGCUAUUCAAUGGUAUUUUUUGCAAAAUAUUCGGUGGUGCAGACGGUACUUUUAGAAGCCAUUUAAAGUUUAUUUACAACUUUUCAUGUUGAAGGUCUUUAUUUAUUUUUUUCCAACUAUUUUAUUUGGAAAGCUGAUAAAAUUUCAAUGCAUUUUGAUGUGCUAUUUUAUAAUUUCCGUUAAAAAAUAACAGAGUUAUGCAGCUUUGAAAAAUGGUUAUUUUUAAUUGACAAAAAAAUCUAACCGAAGCUAACUCAAAAAAUAAAAAUGUUAGAAACCUGAAAAAAUACAUGUGUUUUUAAGUCGCAAAAAUGAACCAAAUUUUCAAUUUUGGGGAAAAUCUGAAGACCCCCGGCGCAAAUUGUCAGAUAAUAAAAAAAAAUCCCCAUUAGAGUUGUUCCAAACUGCAGUAAUUUCAAUUCGAAAUCGAUUGUAUUUUGUCGUAUUAUUCGAUUUUUUUUCAAAAUUAUAGGUUUGGAAAUACAUUAUCGUCCGAUAAAACAAAUAUGUUGCUCUUGGUAAAAAAUCAAAUGGGGGUUUCUCCACAGUGAUGACCUGUUUUAAGUAUUUUGUUUUCACAAAUCAAGUGGUUUUAAGUAAAAUUCAACUAGAGAAAAUAGAAUCAGAUUUUGUAACUUCAACUAUUUUCAUGCAUAAAUUGUGUUAAAUUGUCUAUUGGCUUUUGUUUAAUAAUUCAUUGGAAAAGGAAUGAAAACAUUGAAGUAAAUUGAAAACUUCAACAUGAUGCUUGUAACAUCAAAAACCGAAAACAUUGUCGCACCCUGCUAGUUACAUCUUACAUGUGUUACCUAAAUAUAGAGACAAGUAACAGAUCAAAUGAAACUUGCAGAAUACAUUGUAAGUAUGAUCAAACAAUGUAUUGAUGAUCUAGUGAAUUAGGCAGAAGUUGAGACGUUAUCAUACUAUUGUGAAGGAAAAAAAAAAUAACAUAAACUUACAAUUGCUACUGAAAACAAAGAUGAAAAACCCAAUCGAAACAGACUAUUACUAAACCAGAGAUAAGAGAAAAUGGAAAACCAAUACAUUUGAACCAUACUAACAUUGAGUGUUCGUUUAUUUUGAAUUUUGAGAAUAAAUUCGCUACAAAAUAUGAAGACGAAGCAAAAAAAAAACUAACAGAAACACAACAAACAAAAGAAGAGAAAAAAAAAUUACAAAAUAAAACCCACGAACAAAUGCUUAUUUGUAAAGCAAGACAGAAGAAGUUUUGAUCAUCGUAAUGUGAGAUUGAAAGUAAAAAAAAAUACGACAAACCAGUGACGAUGAGUUAAAAGAAAAUAUGAAAAUAAAGAAGCAGACAAAACAUAGAAAACCAAACUGUAAUGUGAAGUAAAGUUUUAAUGUAAAAUUGUAGUUAUGUAUCUUAUAAAAAAGUAAAAAGCAAGAAAAAGUAAUGACGACUUAAGUUGAAAAUAAGAUCAAAUAGAACUAGAAAACAAACAAAAACAAAUAAUUACGAUGACCUGCAAAUAGAGAAGAACUCAUCUUUGUAAUUUCAACUAAAUAUGCGCUAGCGUAGAUGGAAAUAAGAAUAUGAAAAAACCCAAAAAAAAAAACAGAUUACCAAAAUACCAGAAGACAGUCCUGGGCGCGUCACAACACUGCAAAUUAAAAAAAAAACCCGACAAAGAUAGACCACGUGUUGUUAACUUAGGGACAAACAGAGCGGAGUAAAGUAUGUAUUCUCUGUUUUAUUCUUUUUUGAUACAAAUUUCCGAAUGGCACUUUGAAAAUAAACGAAAAGAAAAAACAUUCUGAGUAUAAUCCAUACAAACUUAAACACUGAACCUAGAACUUUUGUAAGGGAGGAGGAACCAUGUUUAAAUUCGUUUGUUUUGUGGAAGGCGAAGCUUAGAAGUUUGCUACCAAAUUUUGAAACAAGAAAAAAGAACGUAAUGCAACAAAUCAAUAAACGCGCGACACUCGCUCUCUUUGAAAUUGUAGAACUACUAUGUUGUUGGGCUGGAGAAUAUUGGAGACAAAAGUAAAAAAAAAAACCUAAACUGGUAACGCUAGGAAAACAAACAAACAAAUUUGAGUAAAAAUUAGCACGAAACAAUUGAAUUGAAGUAUUAUCACAGGAAAAGAAGACGAAAAAUUACAGACGAAAGAAUGAAAAACCAAAAAAAAAGCACUCACCAUUCGCACACAGAGUCGACGAGUCAAAUAAAUAAUGCCUUCGAACAUUGUA